AUGGCUGUGCUUUUGAAAGAAUUAUUCGUGAUUUUGCCGAUGGAGUGCUUAAUCGGCAUUAAGUUCGACGAUUUCGUCAUCUUAGCCUCGGAUUCGAGAAUUAAUCAUUCGAUUAUUACCUUGAAGCAGGAUGUUGACAAAAUGUUCAAACUAAGUAAUCGUGUUUUGAUGUCUGUGUGUGGCGAAGCGGGUGACACUGUUCAGUUUGCUGAAUACAUUCAACAGAAUAUGCAACUAUACGAGAUGCGAAAUGGAUAUGAAUUGUCUCCUAGUUCAGCCGCUAAUUUUACAAGACGAAACCUGGCCGAAGCACUUCGCAGCAGACACCCAUACAUGGUCAACCUUUUAAUUGCUGGAUACAACCCGGACACAGGUCCCGAAUUGUACUACAUGGAUUACUUGGCCUCAAUGGUUAAGGUACCGUAUGCGGUCCACGGCCACGGUGGAUUCGUUACCUUAAGCAUUAUGGACAGCAAAUACGAUGCCAAGAUGACGGAGGCAAACGCUGUGCAACUUCUCAAGGCCUGCGUUGAUGAAUUACAGAAGCGGUUCGUUAUCACACAGGAUCGUUUUGUGGUCCGUGUAGUGGAUAAAGAUGGAGUUAGACAGCUACCAGAUAUUGUAUAA